AUGCAGCCUCCAGUGUCCUCCGAGGUACAGUGCUCCCACCUGGAGGUCCCCGAUGCCAAGUUGUACUAUGAAGUACGUGGUCAAGGUCCCCUUCUCCUGCUCAUGGCCGGGGGCAACGGCACCGCAGCCUUCUUCGCAUCUUUCGCAUCUCUGCUGUCAUCCCACUUUCGAGUAGUGACGUACGACCGACGAGGAUUUUGGCGGAGUCCUAUCAAAGAUGCGACCAGCUUCGACGCAUCCAGACUGUUAAAGGCGAACGUCGAGGAUGCUGCUGCCCUGAUCCAACACCUCUCACCCAGCGCAUCGGCUAUUGUUUUCGGAUCCUCCUGGGCAGCCAACAUUGCUAUGAAUCUGCUCAAUGCCCAUCCUCAGCUGGUUCGCAAGGUCGUUAUUCACGAGCCUGUCCUGGGGAAUCUGUUCACCCCGACGAUCCUACAAGGAUUCACUGAGGAUGUCGGUCGAAUCAUUGCUACGUUCCGCCAGCGGGGAGUGCCGGCGGCCAAUGCGAUCUUGACUGCCAUCACGAGUAGUCAACGCGAUCGAGAGCUGUUCGUUGCCUCGCCAGUGUUCAAACAGCUGAUGUCCAUCCCCCCGAGCAACCAAGACUGGUACUUUGGGGUUGAAAUGGCUGAGUGGCGGCAGUUCACCAUCUUCGAGCCGGAGGUUCUCCUGGACCAUCGGGGGAAGCUGGUGCUCAUGCGUGGGGCAGAAGAAUCCCCCGAUUUGACCGCGCAACCGAUCUGCGUCUUGUCCGACCGACUGAAUCUGCCUGUCGUUGACAUGCCUGGAGGUCAUUUAGGCUAUAUCACCCAUCAGCAGGAGUUCAUUGACAGCUUGAGGCAAUUGUUAUCGCAUCACGAGCGGGCUCGGUUGUGA